UAAGUUCGUUGGUCAAAACCGCCAAAAACAUAAGAAGAAGAGGAAGCAAGCUUUUUUUUUUUUUUUUUACAGACCAUGUAACGUUAUAAUGAAUGAAUUAUCAUUGAAUGUAGUUGCAAUGUUUCAUCUAACAUUUAUUAACUAUUUCUUUUUUUAUUGAAUAGCGCAUCUGCACGAUUAUCAAACUAGGCGCGUCUCGUUUCGCUCCCUUUAUCGUGAUUCAGUUUAAAACACUGUCUAGUUGAUGAGAGAAACGAAGCUUUUUGAAACUCCGAGUCAAUUGAACCAAAUGCUUGCAGAAUGAUUCAUUCGAAGCGAAUCACCGCACACUCCUUGAAUCUCAAAAUAUCAAUUCAUUCAUUAAUUGAUUUGUACUCAUUUUAUUCAGUGUCUGGCUAAUAGGAUCAUUUAAGACUGUCACGCUGACUGAACUUGGGAGCUGAUUGAAACGAACCUAGAUAUUUAGUUUGGAUUUAUUUUUCUUUCAGUUAAUUAUUCUCAUUGUAAACAGACUGUCCAAACACUCCUGCUGAAGCAGCUGAGAUCCACGUGACUCACUUUUAUAAAGAUGGCGUUUAUUAAAGAGGAGAGUGAAGAUAUAAAGAUUGAAGAAGUAUUCAGUCUGAAACAAGAAGAUACCGAGGAACAAACAGACUCAAUGGCGCUGAAAGAGGAGAGUCAAGAACUGGAUGAAACGGAAGAGAAAUAUCACUGUGUGGAACGUAACGAUUCCGUAACUAGAGAAACGUCUACUUGCUCAAAUGCUGAAAAGUCUUCCUCACGAAAAAGAGCUCAGACGAAAGGAACUAGAAAGGGUUUCACCUGUCACGAGUGUUGCAAGAGGUUUUAUCAUACUGGAAACUUUAAAGCACACAUGAGAAUUCACAGUGGAAAGAAGCCUUUCACCUGCCAACAGUGUGGAAAAGGUUUCGCGCAAAGAGCAAGCCUUAAAAUCCACAUGAGAACUCACACUGAGGAGAGGCCUUACACUUGCCCUCAGUGUGGACAGUGUUUUAAACAUAGAGGAAACCUAAACACUCAUAUGCGAAGACAUUUUGAAGAAAGACGUUUCACCUGCCAACAGUGUGGAAAGAGCUUCUUACGAAAAGAUAGUUUCAACACUCACAUGAGAAUUCACUCGGGAGAGAGACCAUUUGUAUGUGGUCAGUGUGGAAAAAGUUUCAGAUGUAAAAUAACCCUUAGGAACCACAUGAAGAUUCACUCAAGAGAGAACUGUUUUAGAUGCCAGGAGUGUGGAAAGAGUUUCAAAGACAAGAAACAGCGUAAGAAUCAUGUAAAAUCUCACAUUGGAGAGAAGCCUUUCAUGUGCCAACACUGUGGAAAAACGUACAAACACAAAGCACCCCUUGAGGUUCACUUAAGAGUUCACACCGGAGAGAAACCUUUCACCUGCACUCAGUGUGGGAAGAGUUUCACAGUUAAAGGAAAUCUUAAGGUUCACAUGAGAGUUCAUACUAGAGAAGCCUUUCAAAAUGUCUUUGGUGCUAAAAUAGUUUCACAUAUCAAAGAAACCUGAAACUUCAUUUGACUCUAGAGGAAGGCAGUUGUGUUAUAUGGAGAUGGAAACAGUGGCUGAGCUAUUCCUGUUUAGUCAUUCUAAAAUUGUGUUAAAAUUUCUUGCAGUAAGAAAAAACUCAAAUUCAAUUUUGACAUGCCUUCAGAUUCUGUUAUUUUGAGUUCAGUAAUGACAACUCUCAUGACAACGAUUUCAGCAUGGUAAUGGUUCAUAACACCAAGGAGACCCAAGGAAAAACUGGGAUUAAAGUCCAAAACCUGACUUGGAAUGACCUAACAAAUCAAAGUGGGUCCAUUAACAAUAAAUUAAAUUCACACAAUCUC